UUUUUAACGGUUUUUUUGUCGAGCUGGUUUUCAAGGGUUCUCCAAACAAAACAAAAGUCAAAAAGAAAAGGAAACGUUUUUUAGUUCUUGAAAAAUUAUUCCUUUAGUCAUACUACAUAAUUAUAUAAUUUUACUGAGCUUGGAAUAUUUCAAAUGACAAUGAAUAACGAUAAGGCGGUUACAGUCACAGAACAGACAGAGCAAGCCAUUCGAAACCUCAACAUGUUUCUGGGAGAAAACGGUUCAAAAACCAUUGUUAUGGAAUCUGCCCAAGCGGAAAUGUUGGAAUGGAUAAAUGAAGAACCAAUAAUCAAAGCAUUCCAUAAGAGUUUCCAAGAUUAUAGAAUAGAAGAAAAAUCAAAUAUAUUGAAAGCUAAUCAAUCAGACGGAAUUAAAAAAAAAAUUGAGGUAAUGGAUUCAGCAGUACCUCGAGCGGAAUUUCGACCUGAGGCAGGAAAAUUAUUGAAAACUAUGAAAGAAACAGGUGCUUCAAUUGAAACCGAACUAUCUAGUACCUCUUAUGAUGGUGUUAGUCUUAAAUCUAAUAAUUAUAAGCAUGGAAAAGAAAGAGGACUUCAUUUUUGAUGGCUUCUUAGAUAAUUUCCACUAAAAUGUUAAAUAUUUAUAGAAUUUUGAUGAAAAGUUGCUUAUUGAUCACUAUAUAAAAUCAAUAAAUAUGCAUUUACUUAAUUAUUUAUUAAUUUCUUAUGCUUAUGCACUUCUACACUGUGGGCCAAAUUUAUUUGGAACCCAAAAUGGCUCUGAAUAUAUUUUUUUAAAUUUGGCGGAUUUUUGUGAAAUUUUGUGUAAAUAUUAGAGGGGCUACAAUGUUGCCUAUAAAUAUCACGCGGUUACUUAGUGUCAGUCUGAAUUUGCGCAGAAUCGUGACUGUACAGGGUCUUUGAAUAUAUUUAGGGCCAUACCUACAGUCUUUACUAUUUGAGAUAGAGAAAAAAUAUAUAUACAAAACUUGGAAGUUUUUUUCUAAUUUAUAAUUAUGUAUUAUGAAAUUAUAAUUAAAUAUAAUCAUAGACCCUGUACAUUGUACGG